UUCUUGUUUCCCCCGGUCCCUUCCUUCUUUUGUCCGGGCGAAACCACCACAGGAGAAGGGAGGAGGGCCAGAUCUGCGGAAUAAGUGAAGCGGCGCUUUUUUCCCUCCUCUUCAACAUUUUCAAGCUUUCUAAGGAUUGGGAGCGAUCGCUCGGCGCCCUUCCCAAGCGAAGCAAGGGAGGCGUACGGAGAAGCACGCAGGCAGGAGCCGGCGGCGGCGCAUGCGUGAAAGAGCCUCAGAGGGGAGGCUGUUGCUAUUGGUUACUUCUCAGUGGGACAGAAAAGAGGUCUUGGUUGGGGCUUCAGGUUUUUUGUCAUGGAGUUUCAAGCAGUGGUGAUGGCAGUUGGUGGUGGAUCCCGCAUGAUGGAUUUGACGUCAAGCAUCCCUAAAGCUCUCCUCCCUGUUGGAAAUAAGCCUUUGAUAUGGUAUCCGCUGAACCUGCUGGAACAGGUUGGUUUUGAAGAGGCCAUUGUGAUUACAACAAAAGAUAUCCAGAAAAUGCUAAAUUUGGAGAUGAAGAUGAAGCUUGAUAUUGUGUGUAUUGCUGAUGAUGCAGAUAUGGGAACUGCAGACUCCUUACGACAUAUUCAUGAGAAAAUUAAGACAGAUGUGUUGGUGCUGAGCUGUGAUCUGAUUACUGAUGUUGCUCUUCAUGAAGUAGUUGACUUGUUUCGUGCCCAUGAUGCUACACUCUCCAUGCUGAUGAAGAAAGCCUAUGAACCCACAGAACUUGUGCCAGGACAAAAAGGAAAGAAAAAGCUAGUGGAGCAGCGUGACUUUAUUGGAGUGGAUGGCUCAGGAAAGCGGUUGCUCUUCAUGGCCAAUGAAGCAGACUUGGAUGAAGAAAUUGUCGUUAAGAGAUCCAUACUUCAGAAGCAUCCUAGGAUACACAUUAGGACAGGGCUGAUGGAUGCUCAUCUGUAUUGCUUGAAGAAAAGUGUGGUAGACUUCCUUGUAGAGAACAGAUCAUUUACCUCAAUCAGAAGUGAGCUGAUUCCAUAUUUGGUUAGAAAGCAGUUUUCCUCUCCUACACCAUUACUAGAUUGGCAAAACAUGAAUGACCACGAACAAAAGAAAAAGGACCAGAAAUCAUUAGACAUUUACAGCUUCUUGAAGGAUGAUAGCUUGUUUGAAUUGGGUUCAGACAAAACCUGCUGGAACAAUCGGAGAGGAGACAUGGAUGAGGCAUUCCACACCGGGAAAGUUCGUUGCUAUGUUCACAUUAUGAAUGAUGAUGGGUUGUGCUAUCGAGUAAACACACUUGGGCUAUAUGUUGAAGCUAACAGACAGGUUCCUAAGAUGCUGCCUUCACUUUGUCCAGAAGAAUCUUUGGUUCACAGCACUGCACAAAUCACUGACAAAUUCCUGGUUGGAUCUGACAGCAUUGUUGGUGCAGCUACACAAGUAGGAGAAAAAACUGCAAUAAAACGCUCUGUGAUUGGUACCUCCUGCAUUAUCAAAGACAAAGUGAAAAUUACAAACUGCAUCAUCAUGAAUUUUGUCAGAAUUGAGGAAGGGUGCAGCCUACAGAAUUGUGUUGUAUGUCAUAAUGCAGUCAUAGAGAAAGGAGCUGAUAUCAAGGACUGUUUGAUUGGAAACAGUCAACGUCUGGAAUCCAAAUCUAAACACAUUAAUGAAGUUAUAAUGGGUACUGAUCAGCUGAUGGAAAUCUGAGUUUGGCAGAAAGCAAGGAUGCUUCUCUGGCUGCCUGAACCUGCAGCACAGCUCCAGAGUCAGUUUCCUGAGCUUACUCUUGUCAUCACUGGUAUCCACCCCUGUGUCGGCUUUCAAUUUACACCUUAAUAAAGGAAUAUUUACAGUGA